AUGGGUAAAGCACCACAAAAGAAUUUCUUUGCAACCAAAGAUCUUGCCAAAGUCAAAUACAUCUCCAAGAACAGUGCCCAAGAGAGGCUUCAAAUAUCCCGAGCCAACUUUCGGCACUUGCUCAUUCUGAAAGGUAUUCACCCAAAGGUUCCCGAGAAGAAUUCAAAGGCUAAAAACGCUGCUAAAUAUGCCAAAGAUAAAACCUACUACUACAAGAAGGAUAUUAACUUUAUUGCUCAUGAUCCUCUCUUGGACAAAUUGAGAGAAUAUAAAACCUACUUGCGAAGAGUUGCAAAGGCUAAAGGAAGAGGAGAUGUCGAGCAUUUGGAACGUUUGAAAGAAUUAGAACCCGAAUUUACCUAUGAUCACCUUGUCAAGGAAAGAUAUCCUUCUUUCCAAUCGGCUCUCAAUGAUUUAAAUGAUUGUCUUUGCAUUCUCUUCAUGUAUACUCACCUUCCAGCUGGUUUGGGUAAAGUCACUGCCGAAAUGACGGAAAAUGCCAAACGAUUGUGUGAUGAGUUUUGUUCCUAUGUGUGUCAAACAAAGAGUUUGAGGAAAGUGUUUUUAUCGUUCAAGGGAAUUUAUUAUCAAGCAAACAUUCAGGGUGUAGACAUUACUUGGAUUGUUCCCUAUGAUUUCCCACAAGUGAUUCCAGAAAAUGUCGAUUUUAACAUCUUUAGAAGUUUUAUUCAAUUUUAUUUAACUUUAUUGACCUUUGUGAAUUACAAGCUCUACAAUGACGCGAAUAUUGAAUAUCCACCAAAAUAUGUUGCCAAGAGUGAUAAGAGUUAUUUGAUCGAUGCCAUUAAACAAAACGAUGUAGAAGAAAAUGUUGAUUUGCGCUCUGUGGCUGGCCCUGCUAUUGAGAGUCAUGAGAACGAUGAAAAGAAACCCACUACUCCCGAGGAAGUAUUUAUGAACAAAUUUAAGAGCAUGUUCAAAGGAUUGGUCUUUUAUUUCUCGAGAGAAUGUCCAAAGGCUGCAUUGGAAUUUAUUGUCAAAUCAUUUGGAGGUGAGUGUGGAUGGGCCUCUGAAGACUCGCCUUUCGAUGAAACCUACGAUAAGAUUACUCACAUGGUUGUGGACCGAAAAAUUCCACCCGAAAAGAUGAUUAAGGAUCGUGAAUAUGUUCAACCUCAAUACGUGUUUGAUUGUGUGAAUGCCAUGAUCAAACUUCCUGUUGAGCCCUAUGCUCCUGGAAAGAAAUUACCGCCUCACUUGUCACCAUUUGUGGAAUACAAGAAAGACACAUACAUGCCAAAAUAUGCUGAGGAAAUUCGAGCCAUGGUUGAAAAGGAAUUGAAAUUAAUUAAGAAACAAUAUCAACAAGAUGUUGAAGAUGACACUGAGGAGGCUGCAGUUUUGGAAGAUUUAGAUGACGUCAGCGAUGAAGAAGAGGGGAGACAUCACAUGGAACUUGUUGCUGAAAUUGAGGGAAAGAAAUUUGCCGAUGUUCAACAAGAAUUGGAAAAGGCAAGACAAAAAUCCAAAGACGAACUCAAACUUCAACAAUUAUCGAACAAACCUCGAAACAAGAAGGAAGAACGAGAACAAGAGCUCAUUGAAAUGCGUAAGGUGAUGGCUUCUCGAAGAAAUAGAAAACUCUAUGAACGUAUUCAGAAACUUCAACGAGGCAAGAAUGCAUACAAUAAGCAAUUAUUGAAACGAAGGAUGAAAUUAGAGGAAGAGGAGAAGAAGGAGAAACAACUGGAAGACAACACAGAGGAUACCAUGGUGGAUGAAGUGGACAAUCAUAAAGUUGAGGAGGAACAUGAUGACAAUAUUGAAUACACGAAAUCAAGUAAAUCACAGAGAAAUAAUGAGGAAAAUGAUGAUACUGAUGAGGAAGAUGGCGAUGAACUAUUGGACCAAUUUGCAGAAGACGAUAAUGAUGAGGAAGACAACGAUGAUAUUGAGCUUGUAUAA